AUGGACCCCAAUCGUGAAGAAGGUCCUGUCAACAUGGCCAAGUUAGAGCGGGACUGGGUGAGGUGUGGCCCUGGAGAGCAAGACGAGAGUGGUGGUUGUUGCAAGCGCCAGGACUCCUCGGCCUCCGUGUCUGCUCAGCGGGCUCCUCGCUCCAAUGCUUCUCCUCAGUCUUCCGUAGCUCCUCCUUCUCCUCCUUCAUCUGCGGCUGCUGUAGCCGCUUCUUCACCUCCAGUAGUUCCUGUCUCUCAGCAGCUUUCUGUUGCAACCUUUCCAGCUUCUGUAGAAGCCACUACGGCGUCUUCUGUAGGGACUUCUUUACCACCUCCUGUAGCUGCUGCUUCCACUGCUGUACCACCUUCUGCAGUUAAGACGUCACGGUCUACUGCAACUGCUACUGCACCACCUUUCACAGCAUCUCAGUCACCAGCUGCUGUAGCCACUCCAGCUGCAGGUUCCUCUCUCCACCCCGUUCGAUCCUCGGCAGGUGGCGGACCUGCCCUCACUUCGGGCAGGUCCUCGGGGGUCCCUGGACCUAGUCCCCCGCCCCUCGUGGCCACCAUGGGCGUCAGCCACCACACCGUCACCACCACCACCACCGCCGUCCCCACCACACCAACACGACGCUGGAAAACACUGUGUGAGGCUUGCGGAAAGAAGUGCUCUGGUGAAGUGCUACGAGUCCAAGAGAAGUACUUCCACAUCAACUGCUUCAAGUGCCACAGUUGCAAGAAGUCACUAGCACAGGGAGGCUUCUUCACUCGAGAUAAGGACUACUAUUGUACUGAAUGUUACCAGAAAAACUUUGGCCAGCGUUGUGCAACAUGUGGACUAUAUGUGGAGGGAGAAGUUGUCUCUGCCCUCGGUAACUCUUACCAUCAGAAAUGCUUCACGUGUGCUCGUUGCAGACAACCAUUUCCAACGGGUGAACGAGUUACUUAUACUGGAAAGGAAUGUUUGUGUCAACGAUGUCUGCACAUACCUGUGGUAGACUCCCAGUCUCCUACCCGCUCACCCACAUCUGGAGGGCCGAAAUGUGCGGGAUGCAAGGAGGAACUGGUGGAGGGGCAGGCGCUGAUCGCCCUCGACCAGCAGUGGCAUAUAUGGUGCUUCAAGUGUGCCAUCUGCAGUACUGUGCUACAUGGAGAGUACAUGGGCAAGGAUGGCUUACCAUACUGUGAGAAGGAUUAUCAAGCCCAGUUUGGUGUCAAAUGUGCAUAUUGCAAUCGGUUCAUCAGUGGCAAGGUAUUACAGGCUGGCGACAAUCACCACUUCCACCCCACUUGUGCACGAUGUACCAAAUGUGGCGAUCCAUUUGGAGAUGGAGAGGAGAUGUAUUUACAAGGUACAGCCAUUUGGCACCCUCGCUGUGGCCCCGGUCCCACAGAAAAUGGCACUGUCCUUAAUGGUUCACUAUCCAAUGGCCAUCACAUUAAUGGGGAACAGAAAGCUGAGAGAGAACGUGACUUUGAUGGCAUGAGCUCAACAGCUUCAGAAACACAGUUUAUCGAAACUGUAGAAUCCACUGGAAGAUGGCGGCGGUUUUCACGAUCCCGCACGCCAAGCCUUAAUGGAUCCUUCCGCUCCUAUAGCCCCUAUAACAGCCUGAACCGGAAGUUCUCAGGUCCAUAUCGCACAUGCUCUCCUGGCUUGAUCCUACGGGAGUACAAAUCCUCUCAAAGCCCUAUUGACAUCACACGCAUCUAUACCUAUUCCUAUCUUGCUGCUGAGCCUUCACAAGGGUACCUCAAGCGCCCAUUGGACCCUUACGACCGUCCUCCUCCCAAGUCUCCGCACUUCCACCGUCCGCCGACGGAUAGUCGAAAACUGUCACUGCCCAAGACGUCUAGCAGAUUAGGUAUGCGAGUUCUGGUGGAUCAGAUGCAGUCAGAAACACCAAGACCUAAAUCUCCUCACAUGAACAAUGAGGAACCUAUAAUACUUUCUCAUUAUCCCGGGGGACGGAAGCCAAGUUCUGGAGAUGUUUCACGAAUCGAGAGAGAUGAUUUUCCUGCCCCGCCCUAUCCCUACACUGAUCCUGAUGUUUCAGAGCGGCGGCGAAGGUGGUCAGGCAGUAAUAAAGCUGUUAGCAUCGAUGAGACGGAUGAAGGCACAGAAUUGGAAGAAGAUUCUGUUGUUGAAGAUCCUAAAUUGAAGAGAGAGGAAGUAGAACUAAGUAAGAUUGCAACUGGCAUUGGCAAAGUAUUCCUUCAACAAGUGAAAGAGAGAGAAAAGAUCCGAGCAUGGAAAGCCACUCACCUUGACCCUCGUAAUGCCUCACGGACACCAGCUGCUGAUCGGGAGCCUGGAUACAAAUUGCGCUUUGGGUCAUCUCUUAAUGCAUCACCUUCUCGAAUGACAGACCACAGCCGACCUUGGGGUCCUGAAGAUGAUGAAUUUGACCGAGGUUCAUCAUAUCGAUGUUCCACUGGGAGAUCCUCAGCCACUAUACCCUCAUAUAACGUUGUGAGCUCCCUCAGACAACCUCCCAAGCCUGGCUACGGUUUCUCGCCGCGCAACACCUUCUACCGCCAGGGCCUAGGAUCAUAUUCUGCGCUUCAUGGAGACUACAGUUUCACAGGUUUAGGAGAAAAGACACAGAGCACUGAAUUUAGUAGUGCUCGCUCUGAUGUUUCAGCAGGUUCGCUCACAGAAGCCGAUAGGAGCGCAUUGAACGCCGAGCUGUGUGCGUCAACAACAUACAGUAGCGGCCUUCGCGGCUACUCUUCCUACUCUCCCCACCUUCGUCGCUCACUGCCCAACAUGCAUCACAUGUCCUCAGAACCCCCUAAGAUUUAUCCUGCACAUCUCUUAUUAGUAUCUAAUUACCGCCUGCCCAAUGAUGUGGAUCGCUGUCAUCUGGAGCGUCACCUAUCUGACACGGAUUUUGAAAUGGUGUUCCACAUGGCUCGUAUGGACUUCUAUCGCCUUCCAGAAUGGAGGAGAAAUGAUUUAAAGAGGCGAGCUAAGCUUUUUUAGAAGAAUUAUUAUUAUUAUUUAUAUAUUUUUUUUCAAUUAUGUAUUGGAAAUUUAGUUACCCACUUGGACUAUCAGCUUACUUAUCAGUAUGUAAACAGUAAUUUAAAAUGUUUAAUAUUGGAUCCUUAACACUGAAUUAUUAAUUGGAAUUGAGGGAAAUUUUAAGUGUAUGGUUGCCAGCAGUGUGUCUGUUAAUGGAUAUCUAAAAUUUUACAUGUCAUCUUUUCUCAUAAUGUCCAUGCAGAGAGCCAUUUCAUUCCAUCCUUACAAUCAGUUUUAGGAACUGUAGCUUUUAGCAAACUUAAUAUAUCUGGAAAACUCUCCAGAUUAAAGUUGAGAAUAAUGUAAAAGGUGCUUUGAUCAAUUCCAUAUAACAUAUAUUUAGAGCACAUAUAUGUGUAGUGUUUUAUAACAUUAAUAGGGUCUUCAAUUAGUUUGAAAUUAAUAGUAAUUUUUGUACACAACUCUUAAGCAAAAUUUUGUCCAGGUAGGUUGAUAAACUAUUAUAGAUAUUUAUCAAGAUAUUUUUUAAGCAAUAUUUUAAAUGUUGAUAAAUUUUUGGGUGAAGAGAUAGGACUGACUGGGUGGGUAAUAGUUAUGAAUGAGGUGAUCUAUGGUAAACAUUUUGCCCACAUUAUGAUGCUUGUUAGUUCUUCAGUUUCACAUCUUCUAGUCUCCUUUAUUCCAGUAGAUGCAGUCCAGAAUUUUAGUUGACCCCGAGGGUUUAUUUUUUGUUGACGUUUCCUUUUGUUUUAUUUCUUUUGUGCAUUUAUGUUGGGCAGUGAUCUUUCAUAUGUGACAUCAUCAUGGACUUUAACUUUUUAGACAGAUUUUACAUGUCUUAUAUUAUGUUACUGUGUAAAUAUAAAAGAGAAACUCAUAAAGUUCCUCAAGCCUAACAUGCCUGAUUUUGUCACAUCCAUAAAUGUCUUGAACUUUACUAAGAUCUGCAAAAUAUACAGUAAAUGGGACAUGUGCUUGAGUUUCAAUCUCAUUUGUAAAUUACAAGUUGUAACGUGUUUGUAAAUAGUGCCUCCUAGAGCUUCACAUGUGGUGCGAUCAGUGGUUGUGGUCCUUAGAUGGGAGUAUUUUGAGUCCUGCUAAGGGUAUGUUAGGAAGGCUUUGCUAGCUUUUAUUAUUUUAUACAAGGGAUUCAUAUAUUAUAUUACUUUGGGGUAAAGUCUUCCUUCAUGAUGUUCUGUUAGAGAAGCCUUUCUUUAAGUUGUCAAGGAUGUAAAGGUGUCUUUUUUUGUGGUGUUCUGUUAGCAAAGCUUCUCCGACUUAUGAUAAUGGAGAAGUACUGUAUAUCUAUUUUAUGCUCCAUCACAGCAAAAGAAAGAUAAUAAGAUUGUGUCUUGACAUUAAUAGUGCUGAUCACAUCAUUUCAGUUAGUGGUGUCUAAGCCACUUGCUGGACUAUUAUGCCCAAGGUGGGAAUCAUGUUAUUGCAACUGUGUGUUACUGCAGCAGCUAAAACAAUGGUCGUCUUGCCUGCCAUGCUCUUUUUUGAAUGACAUAUAUUUUAUAUUUUAGCCUUUUAUCAAAGUUAGUAUCAUAUUAGUAGUGUUGGUGAGAAUGAGUUCCAAGGUUAUAAAGAUGUACCAGCCAGUGAGUGUUGUGUGAUCAGUUUAUGCAUCUGUGUUCAAACUUAUCUUCAUUAUCCUGUAGUUGAGAGUAGGAUAAAAAUGGGUAAUUGAGGUGUGAUUGUGACAAAUGAACUUAUUUUGUAUCCUUUUUGCAUUGAAAUUUUAAAGUAAAUGUGGUACCUUG